AUGGUCCGUUUCGUCACUGACUCGCGUGCGCGGCCGACAAAAAAGUCACCUUUGCUUGUUAUCGGGGCUGGUCUGCCCCGAACGGCAACUUCAUCAUUGCAAGCAGCUCUCGAGGAACUUGGAUUUGACCCAUGUCUCCAUAUGGCACAGAUCAUUCCACACCCAGACAGAAUGAAAACCCUUAUUGAGGCCGCCAAAGAAAGAGACAAUCAGCGACGCCAAAAGCUCAUUCGCCAACUCGUGGACGGCUACGAAACUGUUUGUGAUAUGCCUGCUGUAUUCUUUCUCCCCGAACUUUUGGAGAUGUAUCCGGAGGCGAAGAUAGUUCUCAGCACCCGCCCAGAUGCUGCGGCAUGGGCGGAAAGCUGCUAUUCUAGCUUGGGCUUUUUCUUCACUCGGCCAUUCUAUUUGAUUGGCUUUUUGUGGAAGUCGGAUAGGUUGUGGUACCGCAUGAAUAUGCAUAUUCUCGAUUGGUGCAAGGAGCAAUAUGGGUCAAACGACCCAUUUAAUAAAAUCAUGUACGAAAGGCAUAAUGAUAUGGUGAGGACGAUUGCCAAGGAGCGAAGCCGUGAGGUUUUAGAAUUUAAGGCAGAGGAUGGAUGGAAGCCUCUUUGCGCGUUCUUGAACAAAGCUGUUCCUGAUUCAGAAUUCCCUAAGGUGAACGAAAAAAAGACAUUCAGGGUUAUUAAAGUGAUUUUAAUUGCGAAGGGGCUUCUUGGGUGGUCUGCAGUUGGAGGUGUUGCCUGGUUGGGGUGGAAGUUUAUUCCUAGUUUCUUCUAG